UUACAUGCAGCUGCAGUACUUUUAUGUGAUACCUGUCAGAAUCAUUCCCAGUGCAAGUUUGGGUUUGUGACCAUGAUGUCAAGAUUGGUCUUUCUCCUUUUCUCUGGAUAUAUUGCACUAAACCUGGGAAAUGCUCAGAAAUUGCCAAGAGUGAAAAGACAGAGUCUGAAAGUUCAGAUCAAUGCAACAGAUGACACUGUUUGCAUGAGAUAUCUUCGACCAAGUCAAAACACCAAACUGGAAGGUUUUGUGCUGGGUUAUGGAAGCAACUUCUUUUCUAAUCAGUUCAUUCCUUUACCUUCAGAAGGAAAAACAUCUAUAACAGAACUUGAUGCAGAGCCACGGUAUUUGGUUUCAGUAAGACCAGUACGCAUUUCAAAUAACAAGAAAUCCUGUUCAGGUCGAAACAAGACUCAAAAGCCUUUGCAGCUGGUAGUUGGCACUCUCACUCCAACCUCUGUGUUCCUCUCUUGGGGCAUCCUAGUCAACCCUCAACAUGACUGGACAGCAACAAGUAAUUGUGCCAGUGACAGGUUCUACACAGUUCGCUACAGAGAAAAAGAUAAAGACAAGAAAUGGGUUUUUCAGCUUUGCCCAGUUACAGAGACGGUCGUGGACAAUCUGAAGCCAAAUACACUUUAUGAAUUUGGAGUUAAAGACAACUUAGAGGAUAGUAUCUGGAGCAAGACUUUCAACCAUAAGACAGUUCUGUCUAAUAAAAAAGUAAAUGGACAACUUCAGAAUAUGUACAAGUUGGUACCUAAUGCCCAAACACAGCUUACACUGCGUGAUAAUAAGAAGUUGGUCCCUGUCACAAUAAUCAAACAAGUUAUUCAAAAUCGGACACAAUCUAAAACUUCAGAUGUUUCUUCUCUGCCAGGAGCAAUAUUAGUGCACCUUAUUGUUCCAGGACUCAAUGAAACUCAGCAGAAACUUCCGCCUCUCCUGACAAUAGAUGAUAUAUCUCAAGCAUCGAAGGAAAAAAUAGCUAAGAAUGAAACUCAAGUAUGGCCUGCUGAAUUCAAAACACCAGAAGUUCAAGAGAUCUCCCCACAGUCUGUCCCAGCUCAUGCUGACAAAAAACAUGGACCUGAGGAAUUUAAAUCAACGCCUAAACCUGAAUUGGUGCAAACUCAAUCUAUACUGGCUUCUAAUGAAAUAGAACCACUUCCUUCUGGAUCCAGAAUCUUUGAUGCUCCAAAAAGUCCGUUGCCAGAACUUGCUACUCAGAGUCCAGCCACGUCUCUACCUUCUGCAGAAACCAGAGAGACAGAGAUGGCUUUUGAAGAAACACAGUCUGUUUCUUCAGGAUCCAAAACGUCUGGUACCACAGAAGCGCAACCAACCAGAUCUGCUUCACAUGAUUUUCUUCAUGUUACUUCUACUUCCCAAACUUUUACAGCUUCAGAAAUACCAGACAAUGCAAGAGAUACUACUGAAUUGGAAAUAUCUAUGCCAAUAAUUACUACAGAUCCUCAGUUAUUAGAAACAGAACUGGGUAAAAGGAAGCCUCCUUCCUCAAGAUCCACAACAUUUGGCAUGCCAGAAAUGCCACCAAUCUCAACUGCAAGCCAGAGACCAGCCCUGGAAACCACCUCAUCUGCUUCACGGAAAACCACCAAGACUGUGAAGGCUACUCGAAGAACAAAGCUGAAGACUACAACUCCCUCCUCCUUGACAACCCAGCAAACCAUGAUGGCUUCUCAUGACUUACUUCGUGUUACUUCCACUCCUCAAACAUCUACUUCUGCAAAAAUGUCAGAGCAAGAGACUGCUUCUGAUGAAACACAGACUAUUUCCUCAAGAUCCACAACUUUUGGUAUUCCAGAAAUGCCAUCAACUGAGUCUGCUAUGCAGGAACCAGGCCUGAAAUUCAUAUCUUACCCCUCCAUGGAAACCAGAGGGAGUAUGAUAGCUUCUGAUGAAAAGCAGCCCGUUUAUUCAAGAUCUGAAACAUCUGGUACCCAAGAAAUGCCACCAGCUGUACCUGCAAGCCAGAGACCAGCCCUGGAAACCACCUCAUCUGCUUCAUGGAAAACCACCAAGACUGUGAAGGCUACUCGAAGAACAAAGCUGAAGACUACAACUCCCUCCUCCUUGACAACCCAGCAAACCAUGAUGGCAAGCCAGAGACCAGCCCUGGAAACCACCUCAUCUGCUUCACGGAAAACCACCAAGACUGUGAAGGCUACUCGAAGAACAAAGCUGAAGACUACAACUCCCUCCUCCUUGACAACCCAGCAAACCAUGAUGGCUUCUCUGGACUCACAUCAUAUCACUUUCCCAUCCCAAAUAUCUACAUCUGCCGAAAUAUCAAAAAUAGAGACUGUUACAAGUCCAGCUGACCUGGAAAAAUCUAUGUCUCCACUUUCCAGAAUACCUCACGUGCUAACAACAACUAUGGCUUUCUAUGAUAUUGAGCCUGUUCUUUCAAGCCCUGUGACACAUAGUAAACCUGAAAUAACAGAUACUGGACCAGCAACAAGUGAAUCCAUUCUGGAAUCUUUCACACCUAAAAUUUAUCGACCUUUUCAAUGGCCAAGGGUAACAUUAGCUCCGAAAGAAAUACCACUUAUUCCUUCUAAACUGAAACCACCUGCUACCCCAGAAGUACAGCAUGUGAAACCUGCUCCUAAACCAUCACAGCCUAAAACUUCUCAGACUGUUGAACAACCAAAAACAACACUAGCUCCUAAAGAAGCAAAACUCACACCUUCUGCACCUAAACGUAGACCUGCCAGACCCCAAAAGCCACGAACUAAGCCUGUCUUGGAAUCUAUUACACUUAGAGUUGAACCACCAAGGUCAACGAUAGUUCCAAAGGAGACCAAACAUAUUCCUUCUAAACCUGAACCUUCACCCCAACCUCAUAUCCCACAAGCCAAAGAUGUUCCAAAAAAACCACAGCACGUUCCCUCCAAACCUAGAACACCACCAAGCUCAGAGGUGCCAGAAACUAAACCUGUUCUGGAAUCAAUUACGUUUAGAACUGAGAAACCAAAAGCAACAGUAGUUCCUAAAGAUACACAUCAUGGGCCUUCCAAAUACAAAACAACACUCAGUCCACGUGUUCCUCCAACCAGAGCAAGUCCAAAAGAAAGUCGGCGAGUCUCUUCCAAGCCCAGAGCGUCAUCAAGUCCAGAUGUACCACACACAAAACCUGCUCCUAAAGAACCACAACACACUCCCUUUAAACCUAAAGCAGCUCCUAUCCCAGACGCACCGAAAAGCAAGCCUGAAAUAAUUCCAACCUUUCAUGAACCAGUCACUACUAUGAUUCCUCAUAUUCCUGAAAGAACAAAACCAACAUUAGCUCCAACUGAAAAACAGUUCAUUCAUACCAAACCAAAAACAUCUGGAAAACCAAGACUGGCUCACAUCAAACCUGCAAUACAUCAGACUACUCCACAACCAAUUAUUACAAAAUCUUCUACUACCACGGGGCAUUCAAGGGCAACAAUGGCUCCAAAAGAAACACGGCUCAUUCCUUCCAAACCCAAAACAUCUGUUGGGCCAGAAGUAUCACAGACUAAACCUGCUCCAAGGACAACACACCUAGGAUCAAUUAACCUUAUAACAGUUCAUGUCGUUGAUGGGUCGAAAAUAACUCUGGUUCCCAAUGAAACAUACCAGUUUUCACCCAAGCCCAAAACUCCUCAGACAACUGAAAUUCCACGAUUCAGUACAGUACCUCACAAAACACAUCUCACUUCUGCAAGACCGAAACCAUCUGAUAAAUUGCAGAUCAGACCUGCUCUUAGUAAAACCACACCAGCACCACCUAGAACAAAAGCACCUGAACUGCCCAAGUGGAUUGUGCCAACAGCAGAUGAUGUAUAUGCACCUGAGGAUAUUACCAGACAAAUUGACAUGGAUGUAGAGAAACCUUCAGAAUAUAGUCAUACCUGGGAAGUGCCAACUUCUGUAACUACAUCACCUGGCCCUCAGCAUCCUCCUAUACCUCCUGUCAAACCUACACAAAUGCGAAGAAGACCUCUGCCUCCAAACACCGUGACUGGUAAACCAGGGAGUCCAGCUAAACCUGCUGGACCAACACCACCUGUAAGGACAGGAACAUCAUAUAAGACACCAACAGCUUUUGCAACUCCAGAGUAUUAUGUUGAUGCAACUGUCUUCAGCUCAAGUCCUACGUCAGAAACAGAUUCUUCAGGAAAACCAAGAUAUCAAGCUCCCCAUGUCAAGUACAUGAAGAAAGAUGAUGAUGUACCUUGCUCUAUCACAAGCUCACUUGAACAUUUUCCUCAAGAAGAAGCUGGUAGUAAGGAAGAACCUACUCGUCCUCCACAGAAUCCUCCCACCAACCUCACAGUGGUGACUGUUGAGGGGUGUCCAACUUUUGUUAUAUUGGACUGGGAAAAACCAGACAAUGACACUGUUACUGAGUAUGAGGUUGUGUCAACUGCAAAUGGAGCAAGUGAUGGUGAAAAGGAGAAAUCGAUUAUCACUACAAAUCAAACCCAUUCUACUGUGGAAAAUCUAAAACCCGACACAAGUUAUGAAUUCCAUGUGAAACCUAGAAACCCUCUUGGUGAAGGUCCAAGUAGCAAUGUUGUGGCGUUCAGUACUGAAUCAGCGGACCCAAGAGUGAGUGAGCCAAUUUCAAUGGGAAAGGAUGCUAUCUGGACUGAAAUCCCAUUCAAUUCAGACUCUUAUUCAGAGUGCAAAGGGAAACAAUAUGUAAAGAGGACUUGGUAUAAGAAGUUUGUAGGUGUGCAACUGUGUAAUUCUUUGAGAUACAAGAUAUACCUCAGUGAUUCACUUACAGGAAAAUUUUAUAACAUAGGAGACCAGAGGGGCCACGGUGAAGAUCACUGCCAAUUUGUAGACUCGUUCUUAGAUGGAAGGACAGGACAGCAAGAAGAUCUACCAGUCAAAGAUGGCUUUUUCAGGGCAGUUCGUCAGGAACCUGUCAAAUUUGGAAAAAUAGGUGGGGAGACUCACAUUAACUAUGUUCGCUGGUAUGAGUGCGGAACAUCAAUACCUGGGAAAUGGUAGACGGCAGAUGAAGUUGGUGCAAAGGCCUGGCACCAACCCCCUUAGCCCAGCUUCCUGAGGCAGGCUCCAAAAUGGCGACGUUGAUGGUAGACCUGGAAUCGAGUUUGCUGAUGUGCAGAGGUUUAUACAACUCUAAUGCCAAUACUGCGUUAAUUGCGUGCUAGCGUAGGCUGCUUACUGUAGUUAUCCAGUUUCACAAAUUUGUUUGGUGUUAAGAUUUAAAAAAAUAAAAAAGGAAAAAAAAUCCCCAAGAGGUUAAGGAUGUGUUGUAGGAUAAUGUAUAGGGAAGCUGGCUCCCUAUUCUUGAGGUAUGGUUUAUAUGCUAUUUUAAAAGGUGCGGUGUGUGUAUAUUAUUUAUCACGAUGUUGUAAUAAAUGUUUAAGGCACAGUUGUGGCAGAGGAGUUGGUCGUGGAGUGCAACGUGCAUUAAGUUUUUAAAUGUUCACUGGUCGUCUUGUAACAUAAUUGCCAUGAGCUACCCAUUCACAGAGAUCUGUAAACACCUUCCCAGGCCUAAAUUACAGACAGAACUCUACAAUUUUUAUGUCCUCCAACCAGUAAACUUAAAGCGCUUUCUCCUUACGCGUACAAAGAGUUUGUAUUCCCAUCAAAACGCCGAGGUCAGUUGCUAUGAGUGCAGCUUUAAUCAAUCAGGCCAGGGCGCUUCUUUUUAUCAUGUUUGUUUUCAAACAUUUAAGCCCUAGCAGAACGGUCCCUUCGGUCUAGGGCUACCGUCUGGGAGCCUCUGCCCACAGCCUCAGCAGUGGCUAGGGGUGGGUUAGGGUUCCCCCCUCUUACUCCCAGUUACACCAGACAGGUAGAUGUGGGCAUGGAAUAAAAACCACACCAACAGACCAACGAAACUGUCCUCCAUGGCUGUGGCUUUUCAUGAAAAUGUAAGUUAUCAGAGGCUGAGGCUUACCAGCUCAAAAGCCCAACGUACAGACAGUGCAGGAGGACUAUGACAGAGAAACGAAAUGGGGAAAAACAAUAAGCUACUUAUAUUAGCAUAAUCAGGUUUAUUUUAUUAAAAAAGAGGUUUAAAACAUUGCUCACUGGGGACAAAGGGGAAAUAGUGAUAACUGAGCUUUAAAACUGCUUUACAAUCAUUCUGAUUAAAACCUUUCCCAAAGCUACUUGUUGUACUGCUCGAACAUUUACGAACUAAAUAAAGAGAUGUAGGUGUUUGUGUUUUUUAAAGGUGUUAUUCAUUACAGUACUAAUGUAUUGAAAAAAUAUGAACAGGAACACCCAGAUAUAUAUAUAUAGUAGAAAUAGUCAUUUAUAGAAAAUGCCUUAU